AUGGAGGCUUUGAGGCAGGCUAGCACCCUGCAGUCCUCCAAGGAGGUGUCUGUGAACACUGGAGGCAGCUGGUCUGCACAGUGUUUAAAGCUUGAGGGGGAGACAGCAUUUGGACCAGCUGCCUUGGGGGGGUUCUGUCUUCUGAGCAGCCUGUUAACAUCCCUCUCCUGCAUCAAGAGAGAAGGUGUGGUAGGGGGGAGUGGCGUGCUCAAGCUGAGAGUCUUGCUAAGUAAACAGCACUUCCUACUAAAAUCUGGUUUCCAUUUCCUGCUGUUGGUGGUCUGGACCGCUACGACGUUCUCCCUCCCAUCUGUCACAGAUACUGCCCCCGAGAUACUCAUCAAGGGAGAGGUUGAUGGGAGCGUGGACUUCCUCUGUCCGUCGGAAAAACAAAAAACGGUGGUCCUGCUCUACUUUCAGAAAGGCGCCAAGUUUGUGGACGGUUACUAUGAUUCCAAAAAGGUGGCGCCAGCAUUCCCAAACAGAACCAAGGUGGACCUCGCCAAUAGAAAAAUGAAUUUCAGGGGUUUAAAAGUCUCGGACAAUGGGCUUUAUAGCUGCUUUAUCAUGUACAAUGACAGCACCGAUAUCUACAAAACCAAAAUGGAACUCUAUGUCACAGCCAACUACAGUACACCCGUAGCAACUGUGGAGUGCACAGAGGAUAGCUGUGUGGUUACAUGUAACUCGCAUGGUGGUUUCCCGCCCAGCGAGGUGACAUGGAAUGUUCCUGUGAAUGCCGUCAGCCAGCAGUGGAGGCAUGGCAACAGCAGUAAGGAGAGCGACCCUGCCUCUAUGUUGGUCAACUCCUCCAGCACUGCAUAUGUCAACUGCUCCUAUGGACAGCUGCAGGCCGUCAGCUGCUCUGUGCAUGGUGCCACCUCGAAGGAGUUAACAGUCUGUACAUCCAAGCCUGACGGUAACUCUUUUACCAUUUUUGUAUCAUUGGGAGUACCAGUGUUGGCCAUUUUGUUCGUGAUCGUUCUCUUAUUUUUACUAUUGUGCUGGAAAUGCAAGAGGAAACACAUAAGUUGUCAAGUUUUAGGAGAAAAUGAAGCUGCAAGUCUGGCAGAGAUGACUUUUCUGAAUGCUGAAAAUGGAGAAGUUGCAGCGUCAUGACUGACUUACUGACAAUGAAGAAUCUAAGUGACUAUUGCCUUUGUUGACACCAUAAUCCUCUGCCAGCCAAGUCAAGACCUCAAAUGUCCACCUGUGGAAGUAGAUGCUGCUAUAUCAUGUGCUGGCUGAGUUCUGAAGGAUACUGUUCCUGCUGCAAUGUGACGCUCACCGCGGACAGCUUCAAGCUAACAUGAUCAGUUGGGACUUCUGUUCCCACUGGGAUAGUUAGUCGUUUACAUGUUGGCACUUGUGGCAACAAAAAAAAUGGUGUUUCUCGUAAAAAAUAACCACCCCGUUUUGUUUUUUACAAGUGAAUAGACAGUGUUGACACGCUCAUUCCAUAUUAACUUCGUUAAAUAUUCCUUCAGUUUCUAUACUUGGUUAAUGUCAGUACCAGGGCCCGGUGGGAACGGGUGCCUACGUCAGCAGGCCUUGUAGGAUACCCUGGCCAGGUUGCCCGUCUAAUACAGGGCCCCCACAAAAUCCCCCUGACAGAGAUAUACUUUGGUUAAUUUAGAGCUGACAUGAAACGCAUAUAUGGACUCUGUGUGUGGGGUGGAUU